AUGUCGGAGGAAGUCAAAUCCAUCUCGCCCUUUGGCGUUGCUCGUUCAACUGUCAAGGGCGAGCCCCUCUCCAAAGAGGAUAUUCAGCAGUACAAUGAUUUUUUCAAGGCCAGCUGCUACCUGUCCCUGGGUAUGAUCUAUCUCAAGGAGAACCCUCUUCUACGAGAACCACUCAAAGCCGAUCAUCUCAAGCUUCGAUUGCUCGGUCACUUUGGCUCUGCUCCAGGCCAGAUCUUCACAUAUAUGCACUUUAACCGUCUGAUCAAGAAGCACGAUCUUGACGCUCUCUUCAUCUCUGGUCCUGGACAUGGUGCUCCUGCUGUCCUCUCUCAAUCCUAUCUUGAGGGUGUCUACUCUGAAGUCUACCCCGACAAGACCCUUGAUGAUGAGGGUAUGCAAAAGUUCUUCAAGAGCUUCUCAUUCCCUGGAGGAAUUGGUUCGCAUGCCACUCCCGAAACUCCCGGAUCCCUUCAUGAGGGUGGUGAGCUAGGAUAUUCUAUCUCGCACGCUUUCGGUGUUGUCUUCGAUAACCCCAACCUCAUUGCUCUUACCAUGGUUGGUGAUGGUGAGGCUGAGACUGGCCCUCUUGCUACUGCCUGGCACAGCAACAAAUUCCUCAACCCCAUUGUUGAUGGUGCUGUCCUGCCUGUUCUUCAUCUCAACGGCUACAAGAUCAACAACCCUACUGUCCUUGCCCGAAUCUCCCACCGAGAACUUGAAUGCCUCUUCAUUGGCUACGGCUGGCAGCCAUACUUCGUCGAGGGUGAUGACAUCGAAUCUAUGCACCAGGCAAUGGCCGCUACUCUCGAACACUGCGUGGACGAGAUUAGAAAAAUCCAGAAGGAGGCUCGCGAUUCUGGCGACGCCCAGCGACCUCUGUGGCCCAUGAUCGUUCUCCGAAGUCCCAAGGGAUGGACCGCUCCCCGCAAGGUCGACGACAACUACUUGGAGGGCUACUGGCGUGCUCACCAGGUUCCUAUCUCAGACCCCGCUACCAACCCUGCUCACCUCAAGGUCCUCGAGGACUGGAUGCGAAGCUAUGAGCCUGAACGUCUAUUCGAUGACAAGGGUGCACCUAUUGCAUCCAUCCGUGCUCUUGUCCCUGAAGGCAACCGACGAAUGAGCGCCAACCCUGUUGCCAACGGUGGUCAGCUCAGGAAGCCCCUGAAGAUGCCCAACUUCAGAGACUAUGCCAUCAAGGUCGAUAGCCCCGGAAAUGUUAUGAACGCCAGCAUGACCAACAUGGCUGUCUUCCUCAAGGACGUCAUUGCCGCCAACCAGACCAACUUCCGUCUCUUUGGCCCCGAUGAGACCGAGUCCAACAAGCUCGGCGGUGUCUACGCUGCUGGCAAGAAGGUCUGGAUGGGCGAGUACUUUGAAGAGGAUGCUAACGGCGGUAACCUUGCAAAGGCUGGACGUGUUGUUGAAAUGCUUUCUGAGCACAACUGUGAGGGUUGGCUCGAGGGUUACCUCCUGAGUGGUCGACACGGUCUGCUCAACAGCUACGAGCCUUUCAUCCAUGUCAUUGAUUCUAUGGUCAACCAGCACUGCAAAUGGAUUGAGAAGUGUCUUGAGGUUGAGUGGCGAGCCAAGGUUGCCUCUCUCAACAUCCUCCUGACUGCUGUUGUCUGGCGACAGGACCACAACGGUUUCACACACCAGGAUCCCGGUUUCCUGGACGUGGUCGCAAACAAGAGCCCCGAGGUCGUCCGCAUCUACCUUCCCCCUGAUGGCAACUGUUUGCUUUCUGUUAUGGACCACUGUCUUCGCUCUGUCAACUACGUCAAUGUUGUCGUUUCUGAUAAGCAGGAGCAUCUCCAAUACUUGUCCAUGGAUGCUGCCAUUGAGCACUGCACCAAGGGUAUUGGUAUCUGGCCCCAGUUCUCUACCGACGCCGGACAAAACCCUGACCUUGUCAUGGCCUCUUGUGGUGAUAUCAGCACUCACGAGUCUCUGGCUGCUAUCGAUCUCCUGCUCGAGCACUUCCCCGACCUCAAGAUUCGCUGUGUCAACGUUGUUGAUCUCUUCAUGUUGAUCCACCCCAGCGACCAUCCUCAUGGCCUUACCGAUUCCGAGUGGACCAGUCUCUUCACCGAGGACACACCUGUUAUCUUCAACUUCCACAGCUACCCCUGGAUGGUGCACCGUCUGACAUACAAGCGCCCUGGUAGCCGCAACUUGCAUGUUCGUGGCUACAAGGAGAAGGGCAACAUCGAUACUCCUCUCGAAUUGGCCAUCCGUAACCAGACUGACCGCUUCAGUCUGGCCAUUGAUGCCAUCGACUGGAUGCCUCAACUCCACAACCGUGGUGCUUCAGCUCGCCAGGCUCUCCUCAAUGCCCAGAUCCAGGCCCGUAAUGAAGCCUUCGAGACAGGCAUGGACCCCGCCUUCCUCAAGAACUGGACCUGGAAGCGCAAUGGCCUGUGGAAGAAGGUCGACUAG